GUUUUGGGGUUCCAGGGGAUUGAUCGGCGAUGGCGGCAGUGGCGCCUCAUCUGGAGCGCUUCGGCAGGGAGCUCAAGUGUCCAAUCUGCUUGAGUCUAUUCCAGCAAGCCGCGGUGCUUUCUUGCACCCAUUGCUUUUGCAAGCCGUGCAUUCUUACAUCCUUGAAGGGCAUGCCAUUCUGUCCUGUAUGUAAAGUCCCUGCCACGAGACGAGAGGUGAGGCCUUCGCCAAAGAUGGAUAACGUUGUGGGAAUUUAUCGGGAUAUAGAAGCUGCGGUUGGAAUCACACCGUUUGCUAGUCAGGAUCCAAAUACUCAUGGAUUUCACAAGCAAACGAAAGGAGGUGACAAUUCCCCUGAACGCGGAAAUGCCACUAAGAGAAUUCCUUCUAAGAAAAGAGUUCAGGCGCCUCAGAUGGCCAGUUCUGGGAAUGUCAAAGAUAAAGAGAAAUCUCGCAAGAAGAAACGUAAAGCACAAGUUGAAGAAGAAGAAGAAGACUUGAAUCCAGUGAGUCUUAAUGACUUUGAGAACUUUGAAGCUGAGCUUGCAAAGGAGAAGGCUUGGGAAUUUGGACGAUGCGAAGCUGCCUCUUCGUCGAAACUGCAAAAGACUGCUGAACAUAAUACUGCGCAACGGGAACUUCCUCGACAAAGUACUCCUCUUGCUCCUUUCUUCUGGCUCUCCUCGCAAGAUGAUCCACAGAUAACGCAGACACAUCCAUCGCCGGAUAUUGCUGCAAAUCGCCCUUCGUUCAGCGACCUCAAAAGCUCAGAGCAUCACUCAAGUGAACAAGAUAUGGAAGACGUAUCAAAAGGUCAUGGAGCGGAUUCUGAUCCAUUUCUUUGGACUCAGCGUGCAUGCUCUCCCGAACUUGAAGGCAAUGCUCACGACGAUAUGAUGAACUUGAUCGUGGAGGAUUCACAAGAACUUGAUCCUUAUCUUCCUAUUAAGCAGUUUUUAGAAGGUGACACAGACUCAGGAAAAAGCGUGAUUAGAAGAGCACGCGUGGAUCCUGUCAAGGUUGAAGUUCCUUUUGACAAGAUUCCUUGGACGGAGAAGCCGCAUGCACCUGUAUCAGAAGGUCCACCAAAAGAAGGCGAUGUUAAGCCAGUUCGGUCUCCUGCAAAGAAGAGAAACAACAGGAUAAGUAAAAGUCCUGUGCGUCAAGCUGGUAAUGGUACUGUACAAGAACGCGAAGUUUCUCCCCGGAAAUCUGGAGAGGCUGUUUGUGCAUUCUGCCAGCGUGCAGGCGAUUGUUCUGUUUGUGGAGACCUGAUGGCUUACAAGAACGGUCUUCUUUUUCCAAGAAAUAGCGGUGCCAAAAACGUUGUUCACAAGCUUUGUGCUGAAUGGUAUGCUUUUCUUUUCUUCUGUUUACUUGUUAGAUUCUAUGUUUUCUUCAGGGCACCUAAAGUCUACUUUAUUGGCGAUGAAAAUGAAAACAAACUGCAAAAUUUGGAGUCAGAAAUUUUCCGGGCCCGGAAGCUUAAGUGUAAGAGCUGCAAGAGAAAAGGUGCAGCAUUGGGUUGCUAUUGGAACAGCUGUCGUAAAUCUUUCCACUAUCACUGUGCGAAAGCUGAUUCCAACUUCAAGUUCGACACGACACGGUUUCUCGUGCUUUGUCCAGUCCACGCGACCGGUUCUUUUUCUGGGAAACGAAGAAAAAGCUCCUCAGAAACAAAACAAAAAACGUCGAGACCAAGAGGUGGGAAAGCCAACAAAGCAGAAGCGCAAAAUUGUCCUAGAAAAUAUGUCUUCUGCGGUUCAAGUUUGGAUACUCGUGACAAGGAGCAACUGGCAAAGUUCGCAUCAGCAACAGGAUCACUCGUCGAAUCAUCGUGGAACCAUAAUGUGACCCAUGUGCUUGCUGGUCCCGACGCGACUGGCGGUGCUCGGAGGACACUAAAGCUCUUGAGGGGGAUUCUGGAAGGAAAAUGGAUAUUGCAGCCUGAGUGGUUAACCGCCUGCCUAUCAGCUGGCCAUUUCGUAGACGAGGCACCAUACGAAGCUCGAGUUGAUGUACAAGGCAGACUUGAGGAGGGACCCAAGCAAGGAAGACUUCUUGCAAACUCAGAGGCCCCGAAGCUGUUUACCUUGCUAGACUUCUACUUCACCGAGUUUGAGGGGUCACUGAAAACGGACCUGGAGACCCUGGUCCGAGCCGGUGGUGGAACCGUGCUACAUCGUCAGCCUGUCUCUCCAUUGCCCAAGACAACACUGGUUAUCUAUCCACAAGACGGCAAAACGCAACGGAAAGCAGCAGCCUCGAUAUCCGAAGCUACUGGAGCCGUCGCUCUGGAACACACUUGGAUCCUCAACUCCAUAGCCGGCUACCGCCUUCAACCUUUGCGGGAUCAACCAAAUUGGGAGGAAAAGGAAAAGCUCUGAUGGAGCUCCAAGACAACGAUAGGUACAAGCUAGUGAUCAAAC